UAUAUAUAACUAUUAAAUAGUUAAAUCGGUGCCGUUCUAAACUACAGCAACUGUCACUAAAUUAAACAUUUAGAUUGUGUGCGGUGUAUUUGUACAUGAUAAUUUUACAGAUUGUAUGCGGUGUAAUUGUACAUGAUAAUUUUACAUUUGAAUUGUGAAAUGCCUAACACCUUGACACAUGGACACGCAUGAGCACAAACGCGUAUUUGGCAUGAACUCUAAACUGAGCUAAGUACAAAUAACAGCCAUGGGACACAUGAGCUGUUUAAGUAAGUCCCGCAAACUGAUAACUACAUUACAAAAAUCCAAGCAUGUCUAAAUAAUUUAAGGGGAUCACGAUCCACUUCUAAUAAAUUGCCCCCACCCAUUAGUUCCCAAAUCUGCAUUCUAGGCAGAAAACCACAUAUUUUAAGGACAAACCAGUCAAUAAUCCUCUCAGUUUUUUUUCCUGAUCUAGGUUUGAACAACGCAGUAAUCUGAUCCAUUUUGCCAAUUCAUAUGAAUUAUGAUGAUAAUCUAUCACAAAGAAUGAAUUAUUUGGGCUGCUUAGGAAAAAAAAAAAAAAACUGUCUAAACCUCCAUUUACAGUGGCCUUCAUUUUUAUUUAUCAGUUUAAAAAAUCAUACCCACACACUGAAAGCCAAGUAGCUUUUAUCAAAGGAUAAAAACGAUAUUGAAAUGACCUUAUUAAACAUGGAUUAUUAGAUUUGCAAUUGGUUAAUUUCCUAUAUUUAGGAUUAUAUUAAGUAUACAGUGUGCAUGUGCAGUCUUUUAUUCAAUAUUUUAGUGCUGGAUUAAACUUCAGUGAAGUAUGCAACAAAGAACAGGAGCUCAUUUUUGUUGAGGGCAGAGGUGAAAAGAAUGGCCAGCAGACGCACUCUAAAAGCCGUCCUCAUUGACCUUAGUGGAACUUUGCACAUAGAAGACACAGCAGUGCCUGGGGCACAGGAUGCUCUCUCCAGAUUACGGCAGGCAUCUGUUGCCAUCAAGUUUGUUACUAACACAACCAAAGAGAGUAAGAAGAACUUGCUGGAAAGGCUGCAAAGGCUCAAAUUUGACGUCCAGGAAAAAGAAAUCUUCACAUCCCUGAGCGCUGCAAGGAGUCUUUUAGAAAAGACCAAACACAGACCAUUGCUCCUGGUGGAGGAAAGUGCACUGGAAGAUUUUAAAGGUAUUGACACUUCAGAACCGAACGCUGUUGUCAUCGGACUCGCACCUGAUCACUUCAACUACCAAACUAUGAACAAGGCCUUCAGACUGAUUCUAGAUGGCGCUCCUCUCUUUGCUAUCCAUAAGGCUCGCUACUACAAAAGGAAAGAUGGUUUGGCACUUGGCCCUGGGCCCUUUGUAACCGGACUGGAGUAUGCCACAGACUGUAAAGCUACUGUUGUAGGAAAGCCUGAAAAGACAUUUUUCACUCAGGCUCUGGCUGAUUUAGGAUGUAGUCCAGAUGAAGCAGUCAUGAUAGGAGAUGAUGCCAGAGAUGAUGUGGGAGGUGCUCAGAGUGCAGGAAUAUUGGGGAUUCUGGUCCAAACCGGUAAAUACAGACAAGGAGAUGAGGAUAAAAUAACUCCUCCUCCUCACCUGACGUGCAACACUUUUCCAGAUGCUGUUGAACACAUUCUUAAGAACCUACUAUAACAUCCCUAGAUACACAGCAGUUGCUUGAAGCAACUUUGUAUCAUCAUGUACAUAACUAAAUAACCUUUCAUCUGUUCGCUGUUUUUUAUGUUGGUGCGUAAGCAAAACCAUCCUAACAUUAAGUCAUAACUGCUUGCCUCAUAAACUGUUUGCUUUUUAAUCUAAAUGUAGUCCUUCCUAAUUGGAAAUCAAUAGAAAACACCAAGUAGCCAAACAUGUCUAGCUGCUGAGUAAAUAAAAACCGGGCUGUCAAACGGAUUCAAAGUCUUUCUCCCAGGCUGUGUGUUUCUCCAUCACGCCACUGACUGAUGGUUUUGUGUGUGCCAGGACUUCAAGGAAGUCUUGCGUUGUCACGGUUUCUAGUCUGAUCGCAAGCAUGCCUGUGUCUCCUGCAAAGGAAUUGAGAUGUCCAAUAUUAACUGCAUCAGACAAAAUAACCACUGCACCACCACCAAGCUCACCUACUAAAUUCAUGCCAAUCAAAUUUCCCAUAACUCUUUGUAGUAUUUUGUGAACUAAGAUUUUGGUAGGAUUUUUUCUAAUUGUGUGUGUGUCUAUGAACGGAAGUUGUCUGGUCCUACCAUCCUGAUUUGAUUCCAGAGACUCAAAGACUUUGCGGACUUGUCGCAUGGCUGCUUCCUUACACACUAGCCGAAUGUCAGAGCCAGAAUACCCCUUCAUCUCCUGAGGAAUCAACACAAGACUUGGAUUUUUUUUUUUUUUUUUUUUUUCUCACUCAGUGCCAUCAGACCAUAUCCCUUCCAUAAAUCGAGCAUUAUCUUACCUUUGCCAGAAGUUGAUAGUCGAGCUCAGCUUUUAGUUGGAACUCUCCUGUAGAGUUGACCGGAGGCAGCCAAUGGGCAAUCAUGGCUUCACGGGCCGGUGGAGGAGGAAGACCAACCAGAAUCCGCUUUUCUAGUCUUCUUAACAUGCCGUUGUCCAGUUCCCUGAUGGACAGAUGCUUUCAAAUGCGAGGCUCAGGAGAAAACUAGUUGUUAUGUUAUAAUCGUAAUCCUGAAUGAUCUCACACAGUAAAAGCUUGAGUAUCAAAAUUAACUUUUAUUUAUUUAUUUUUUUUAAUGUAAGACACUAAAGUUUAACUGUCAAUAAUUUUAAUAUUGAGUGUCAAGGAUUAUUAUUUGGUUUCAU